AUGGAGGCGACAGCUGAGCACGACUUCAAUGCAAAUGCUGAUGAUGAGUUAAGCUUCCGACGUGGACAAGUCCUGAAGGUGCUGAAUAAAGACGAAGAUCCGCAUUGGUUCAAGGCAGAACUUGAUGGAGUCGAAGGAUUUGUUCCAUCGAACUAUAUCCGGAUGCAUGAUAGUCCAUGGUAUCUUGGGAAAAUUUCGCGAUUGGAUGCUGAAAUAUUACUGAAGAAGCAAGGAACCCGUGAUGGCAAUUUUAUUGUUAGGCAGUGCGAAAGUUCUCCUGGUGACUUCAGUAUAUCUGUCAAAUUCGAAGACUCAAUUCAGCACUUCAAAGUUUUGCGGGACAAUAAUGGAAAAUACUUUCUGUGGUCGGUGAAGUUUAAGUCAUUGAAUGAAUUGGUGAGAUACCACAGAACGGCGUCCGUAUCACGUACACACACAAUACUACUGCAGGAUUUGGAUUUAGAGACGAAAUUCGUUCAGGCUUUAUUCGAUUUCAAUCCUCAGGAAGAGGGAGAACUACCAUUCAAACGCGGCGAAAUUAUCACAUUGAUCAACAAAGACGAUAUGAAUUGGUGGGAAGGAUCAUUGAACAACAAACGUGGCGUUUUUCCUGCAAACUAUGUUUGCCCGUUCAAUCGCUCCACAUCAAAUACGUAA